AUGACUGAUCUCACCGACGACGACCAUCCCGCCGCCGACGCGCUGCACGACGUCCUCGUCCUGUACGCCACCGAGACCGGCACCGCCCAGGAUGCCGCCGACCGCGCCGCCCGCCACCUCCGCAAGCUGCGCGUCCGCGCGCGCGUGCUCAGCGUCGACCAGUACCCGCUCGCGGACCUCGUGCACGAGCCGCUCGUCCUCUUCCUCGUCGCGACCGCCGGCUCCGGCGCCUUCCCGCGCCCCGCGCACGCGCUCUGGGCGCUCCUCCUCCGCGCGGACCUCCCGCCGGACCUCUUCGACGACCUCGACUUCGCCGUCUUUGGCCUCGGCGACAGCGGCUACGAGAAGUUCUGCUGGCCCGCGAAGCUGCUCGAGCGCCGCCUGCAGGCGCUCGGCGGGCGCGCGCUCGUGCCGCGCGGCGAGGGCGACGACCAGCACCCGCUCGGCGUGGACGGCGCGCUCCUGCCCUGGCUCGACGCGCUCACGGGCGCCCUCCUCGAGUUCUUGCCCCUCCCUGACGGCUGCCCGCCGCCUUCCCCCGCCUCGACAGAAGACGCCCUCCCGCCCCCUCGCGUUUCCUUCCGCCCUGCGCCCCCCGAUUCUCCCCCGCCGCCCGACCCUCGCCUGGCAGACCCGCGCUACCACCCGGCGACGCUGCGCGUCAACACACGCAUCACCGCCGACGACUGGUGGCAGGACGUCCGCCAUUUCGAGUUUGACUUUGCCGAGGACGUGCGGUACGCACCCGGCGACGUCGCCUGCAUACUCCCGCAGAACCCGCCGGACGAUGUGCAGACGUUCCUCGAGCUGAUGGGAUGGGAGGACCACGCCGACGAGCCCGUCUCCGUACAUCCCACUCUCGGCGACCAAACCCUCCCGCCCUUCCUGCCCCCUCGUACGACACUGCGUGCGCUGCUCACCACGCACCUCUCCAUCUCCGCGGUCCCGCGCCGCGCGUUCUGGGAGUGCCUGCGCUGGUUCCUCCAGGACGAGAUGGAGCGCGAGAAGGUGGGGGAGUUUUUGAGUGAAGAGGGCGCGGACGACCUCUACGCCUACACCACGCGCCCGCGACGCACCCUCCUGGAGGUCCUGGCGGAGUUCCGCUCCGCGCGCGGGCGCGUGCCGAGGGAGUACGCGCUCGACCUCGUCCCGUUCAUGCGCGAGCGCGAGUUCAGCAUCGCCAGCAGCGUCACGAGACACCCGCGACAGGUGCACCUGUGCGUCGCGAUCGUGCGCUACAAGACGAUGCUCAAGGUGCCCCGCCGGGGCGUCGCGACGGCGUACCUCGCCGCGCUGCAGCCCGGUGCGUGCGCGCGGCUGAUAAUCGGGCUCAAACGCGGGCUGCUGUCCCUCCCUCCCGACCCCGCGACGCCCGUGAUCUGCGUCGGCCCCGGCACGGGCGUCGCGCCGAUGCGCGCGGUGGUGGAGGAGCGCGCGGCGCAGGGCGCGACGGGUGAGUGCGCCGACACGACCCUCUACUUCGGGUGCCGCUCCGCGUCCAAGGACCAGCACUACGCCGCCGAGUGGGCGGCGCACGCGCGCGCGGGCGCGCUCGCGUACCGGCUCGCGGCGUCGCGGGACGCGCCGCCCGGAGAACUUGAGGGGGGCAGGACGUAUGUGCAGACGCUGCUCGCGCGCGACGCGCCGCGCGUGUGGGCGCGGCUCCGCGCGGGCGGGUGCGUGUUCAUCUCGGGGUCGUCGAACAAGAUGCCCGCGGCGGUGCGCGCGGCCCUCCGCUCGAUCGCGCAGACGGAGGGCGGGCUGGGCGAGGCGGAGGCGAGGGAGUAUGUGGAGGGGCUGGAGAGGGCGGGGAGGCUGGUGGAGGAGUGUUGGGGGUAGUGUUGCGUAUUAGUGCGUGUGUGUGGGGGGGAGUGUAGACGAUUUAGAGGGUUACAAGUUGGAGCAUGCAUAUAGGGAUUGGUUGGUCGAUAUCGUGAUGUGCAUUCAAUAACAAAACAACAACAACAACGGGGCGUAAUUUAUCUAAGCGUCCCAAGCAGCAGCGAUACAACAACAUCCAGAGCCCUUUCCCUCCCCGCAUCCAACUACAACAGCCCGCACUCCCUCGAUCGUAUCCCGUCCUCACGCUACACCAGCGCAGCGACAAUCCCCAUCCCCGCGCCUACUCCCACAGCGAGCCCCUUCCCGCCCAGCCGUCCGGCGGCGUUCGAGCUGCUCGCGCUGGGCGAGGUGCUCGUCCUGGAGAGCGUGACGGACGGCGUGCCGGUGUACGUGCGGCUCGCGGAGGG